GACGGAAGUGUGUCUUCCUGUUUGGCAGAAGGAGGAAGCAGGAUGUGGGAAAUCUCACAUGUGCUUGUUGUUAUGGGUGACAUGCAGUAAUAUUUCUGUAGUGGUGUGUCCAUGCCUGCCAGAGCCAGCAUCUUCCUCUUCUGUUUAGUUUGGAUAACUAUGGCCCAGCUCUUGGCACAAGAAGAAAAAGAAAAAACUACUGCACUAAAAGAUUUACUGUCCAGGAUAGAUUUAGACGAGCUGAUGAAAAAAGACGAACCUCCACUGAACUUUCCUGAAACUCUGGAUGAGUUUGAAUAUACCUUCAAUGAGCAUGGUCAGUUGAGACACACACACACAGGGGAGCCAUUUGUCUUCAACUAUAAAGAGGACCUGCAUAGAUGGAACCAGAAAAGAUAUGAAGCGCUGGGAGAGAUCAUUACAAAGUAUGUUUAUGAACGCUUGGAGAACGACUGCAACCUGAAGAAGGAGAUCCUCCCUGUUGAUGCAACUGAGGAUGAACCAAAAAGCUUUAUUUACAUGAGCGAGGAUGCCCUCACUAACCCAGAGAAGAUCAUGGUUCUCAUCCAGGGCAGUGGAGUGGUAAGGGCAGGCCAGUGGGCUCGGCGCCUCAUCAUUAACGAAGACCUUAACAGCGCUAAUCACACUGUUACGACAAAGACAGGCUCCAUUAUUGCAUCUGUGGCCAAGAAGAAAGGAAAUGAGAGAGAGACAGGGGUUGGUCGUCGCCUGACACAGGAUAAUUAA